AUGCUACAGAAUGUUCCGCAUCAACUUUUGCAAUCGCCGGCCCGGCUUGGCCUGCCAACUCCCAGUUCACCUUCUGUUCAGAACCCAAACCCUCCUCCUAAGUUCUCAUCACAAGUGUCGCAACCUAAUCAACCCCUUCAACAGGCAAAUAUAUUAACUACUAGUACCACCUCAUCGAUGCUCCUUCCUCUGCUCCCACCUCUCUCCAGAGCUCAAUCUCUUCUCAUUCAAAUGGCAUCUCUUGCUUCAAGACUCUUUGAAGUCUCACCUAACCGGUCCCAUUGGCUUAGUGCUUUUCGAGGCUCUUUCCCUUCAUUUCUGCCUUCUGCAACGCCGGUUCCACAAGAUUCCUUCCCUUCAUCGUCAAAAGAGAUCCUCUCUGUGUUUACUUCUCUUCAGACACAGCUGUUUGAAGCAGUUGCAGAACU